AGGCUCAUAUGAUAGUUGCAAACGAAUACCAUGUUUAAACAGAUUGUCCUUGCGACGAUCUGCCUCGCUAGCAGCACGGUCCAAGCGAUUUACGAAAAACCAUACUACGAAUUAGAAGAUGCUGAAAACCUGUUCAAGGACUUCAUUCAAGAGCAUGAUAAAGUAUAUGACCAAAGGGAAUAUUACGAACGACUCGAAAUUUUCAAGAAAACCUUGAAGGUUAUUAAUGAACAAAACGCUAUGUUCCCUGACACCGUGUUCGCAGUAAACCACUUUGCUGAUUUAAAAGCUGACGAGCGGGAGCAAUACCUUGGUUUCAAACUCCCAAGUGGGAAUAGAACGAAAACGGUGCUCCCAGAUUUGCCCCAGGCUGCGGACGAGUUGGACUGGAGAGACGCACAUGUAGUUACUCAUGUUAAGGACCAAGGAAUGUGUGGUAGUUGCUAUAUCUUCAGUGCUGUUGGCGAAAUUGAAGGGCAAUACGCCCUCAAACACAAGCAAUGCCUUGCCUUCUCCGAAGGACAGGCCCUCGACUGUCUAUGGUUAGGAACAUGCUGGGGGGGGAUCAUGCACCAAGUUUUUAAGGAACUAGCUAGGAGAGAGAAAAAGUUAGAAAAGGAAGAAAACUAUCGCUAUAAACCCAGAAAACACCACUGCCAUGAUAAUAAGAGUUUAGCGAUUGCCUCGGUGUUAGAUGGCAGAGAAGUGGAGAUCAAAGAUGAAGAGCAACUUAAAAAACUGUUGGCAAAAUAUGGACCUCUUUCAGUUGCCCUAAGCGCGGAAGAUUUAUUUACUUAUAAACAUGGAAUACUAGAACCGAACCUAUGCAUUGGACAACAAAUUGACCACGGCGUACUCUUGGUGGGAUAUGGAGAAGAAAACGGUAAACAGUACUGGCUGAUCAAGAACUCGUGGGGCAGGAUAUGGGGCGAAAAAGGCUAUUUUCGUCUAAGGAGAGGAGUCAACGCGUGCGAUAUGGGAACUGGUUACACGGCUGUCUGUCAAGUUGAUUAAAGGUUAAACACGCCAAAAAUGGGGCACACUUAAAUGUUUAUUAUAAAAAAAAUAUAAUAAAUAAAUAAAAGAUGUUUGAUUUAAAUAUGAGCAAA